AUGAAACCCAGCAAAUGGUGGUCUGAGUCGUUUGGGGUCGUCCAAACCAACCUCCGCGAGAUUGAUGCGGACAUGGAUGUCGACGCGGUGGCUGAUUGGAUCAAAGAGUUUGGUGCCACAGCAUGGCUUUGCGGAGUUGGCGGUAUUCAAGCACAAUAUCCUACCAGUCUUGCCUUCCAAUCGCAAAACUCGAACUUAGCCAGAAGAUCUAGCGGAGAUCUAGUAGGAGAUGCAAUCAAGGCUGCACAUGCGCGCGGACUCAAGUUCUUAGCCAGAAUGGACUUUUCCAAGGUUUCGCCAGAGGUUGCCGCAGAACAUCCCGAAUGGUGCUACAUGUCACCAACUGGACACUUCCAAGAGCACACUGCUAGUCUGGUAUCCGUUUGCCCUUCUGGAGAUUACUAUCAACACCGAAUUUAUGAAAUUCUCGAAGAGAUUACAACCCUUUACAAAAUUGAUGGCCUGUUCUUCAACUGGGCAACAAUGAACGAAGAGGACUAUUUCAAGCACUAUCACGGAGUAUGCCACUGUGAUAGCUGUCAAUCGCGGUGGUUUGCCUUUUCUGAUGGCCUGGAGCUUCCCAAUGGCCCUGAAGAUGCCAACUAUGGCCUAUGGCUUCACUUCAGCCGAGAGGUCAUCGAUGGCGUAACCUCUAAGAUCCGCGCAUUUAUGGCUGCGAAACUCCCAGAGGCAGCAAUCAUUAGAACAAAGCUAGCAGAUAUUGUCUAUCAAGAAUCCAAUAAUGAGAUUGGCCGAGACUUCUGGCAUCACACCGUCUCAGAAUGGGUAAGCUCAUGGAUUUCGUUCCGUCCAAAAGUGCCUGUCCUUUCCAACUCCACCUGUUUCAUCGACAUGCGUUACCGAAUGGCCGGAGAAGAGCCUGCACAGUUUGCACAAUAUCUCCUACAGAGCAUCUCCCGAGGUGGCACUCCAUCGACAUAUAUGAUGGGGGUUCCAGGCAAGAUACCGUACCCAUGCCUGGACCACGCUCGAGAUAUCACGCAAUUCCACAAGAAAUGGAGUGACAUCUACACUGGAAUGGCUCCAGUCGCCUUGACGGGGUUGGUUCGACCAGACAGAGCCUUUAUGGAGAAAAAGGAAUACGCAAAUGCGCUUGCAGAAUUCCGUGGGCUUUACAAUGCCCUUCAGGAAUCGCAAAUCCCCUUUGAUGUCGUUGCCAUGGAGCAUCUUCCAGAGACCAAUGCAAACGGGUCUCUCGAUCGAUAUAAGAAUCUCGUUCUCCCCAGCCUCGGUCAACUUCGGGACGGGUCAGCUGAGAUCUUUGACGAUUGGGUUCAGAGACAGGGAGGCAAUCUUAUUGCUACAGGCUCGACUGGCCAAGGAGUUUCUGGGAACAUCCAACUCGAAUCGUUACCUGUACACCGGCGACGCGCGGCUGUGACUGAGGGAAAGUUUCUGUGGUCCUCAUACGUCGCGCCGCCUCAAAAGACAAAGAACAUACAUUACUAUGUCGGACCAAUUAUCCCAAUACAUGGAUGCGCCUAUUACUUCGACUGGAAACCAGAAUCUCGGACGUUUUAUAGAGUCCUCGCUCGGGCACCAUUUGCUCCCCCAGAAAAGGCAUAUGGGAACCUACAGAACGAUCAGCCAGGUUGUGGCGUGGCCAGAUACGGCUCGGGACAAGGUGCUCUCAUUCCAUUCACUGUGGGAAAAGCAUAUCGCGAAACAGGCCUUACCUGUCUUCGCGAUUUCUUCCUCGAUGUAUUCAGUCAGAUCGCGACGCCAGAACCAAUUUCCUUCAACCUCGCUGAGCAAGUUGAGGUCACAGUGAACCAAACGGCUGGAAAACUGGUGGUCCACUUGAUCAACAUGUCUGGCGCACGAAAACUCAAUUUUGGGACACAUCUACCUAUUUCUGGAGGAUCGAUCACUGUUACUGGUGGUGGCAAAGUUAGAGCACGAGCUCUGAGAGCAAACACGGAACUGAAAACUGUGGGUGGCGUUAUACAGCUGCCUGAGCUGGAUUUAUUUGAAGUGGUGAUCAUUGAGGGAAUGCAAAACGACCACCUUGUCGGGGGCUCAUCAAUGAAAGAUGGAGAGGGCAGAAAUGACGCCAUUUUCCCAAAUGGAAACCAUCAUCAUGAAUUCAAAGAUGAUUUACGAAGCGUAUCAGCGAAUGAACCGGAGAACGGGCUUAGAAAUGGCAAUGAAGACGGAGGUCAAAACGGGGACCCAAAUGGCACGACCCUUCCCGUACCAAGCCGAUGCAGCGAGGGCGUUACUAUGAUACACAAUCCCACGCCAUGA